AUGCUAAAGCCUUUUAAGUUCAUUCAUGUGUGGGAAGUUGUCAAAAAAAGUAUUAUGUGGAAGGAACUUGUAACAUAUGAAGACGUUAUUAAUCCGCCAAAAAGAAGCAGGACAUCUUCAUAUUCGAGCUCACAACAAAUUUCAUCGUAUGGUCACAUAUGCGUUGAUAUUAAUGAUGAUAACGACGACAUCGAAGAAAUACACUCGCCUCCUCGUCCCAUGGGAAAGGACAAAGAAAAAGCUCGAGCAAAACAAAAAGAAAAAGAGACAUCUUCAAAUUAUUCGGUCGGAACCGAACAGUCAAUUAGAUUGGAGGAAAUGAUGGCACAAAUGACAUAA